GCUGCUGCGCAUCAGCUUCUCUACUGCCCAUCCCCGCCCGCUGCAUUUCUCCUCGUCGAUAUGUCGGAACUUAUACGUCUUCUACGAUGUGACGACGACGGCGACUUCAGUCUCGAAGCUUUUGCUAGCGACAAGACUAUCCCGCCCUAUGCGAUUUUAUCUCAUACGUGGGAACCUGAUCAAGAAGUCACAUACCAGGAUUUGAUGGCUGGUACAGGCACCAGUAAGACUGGCUACAAUAAGAUUCGGCUGUGUGCACAGCAGGCUCGGCGUGAAAACCUACAUUAUUGUUGGGUAGACACCUGCUGUAUUAAUAAGUCAAACCCAGCUGAGCUCCAGAAGGCUAUCAACUCAAUGUUCCGUUGGUACAAGAAGGCGGAAAAAUGCUACGUCUAUCUACAAGAUGUGACAAUGAGAAAGCGGAAAUCUGGCGACCGAGACGCGGAGUAUACGUGGGAAUCCACAUUUCGACAGAGCAGAUGGUUCCAGCGGGGCUGGACGCUCCAAGAGCUUCUGGCCCCAAGCUCAAUUAUCUUCUUUUCCCAAGAGUGGAAGGAAAUCGGCGACAAACUCUCACUAGUACAUCAAAUCCACGAAGCUACCGGAAUCCCAAAUACCGCUCUCCAAGGCGCACCUCUGUAUCAGUUCACCGACAAUGAACGAUUUCUGUGGAUACAGCAUCGUGAGACGACAGUCAAAGAAGACAAAGUGUACGCAUUGCUCGGCAUUUUUGACAUUCAAAUGCCGCUUUGCAUUGGAGAAGGUUAUGCGAGUGCAUUUAAGCGACUCCAAGAAGAGAUAUCCAAGCUGAAUGCGUGUCUUCAAGACCUGCGCUCGACUGAUCCUCACAAUGACAAGAUUCGCAUCGAAGACACAAAGGGCGGUUUACUAGUAGAGUCGUAUCGCUGGAUUCUGGAAACACCUAUAUUCCAGCAAUGGAAAGACAUCUCCCAAAGCCGACUGUUGUGCAUCAACGGCGAUCCUGGAAAGGGCAAGACCAUGCUGCUUUGCGGGAUUAUCAACGAGCUAAAUGCGUCGAUGGAAAGGAUAUCAUCGCAUGUAUGCUACUUCUUCUGUCAGUCUACGGAGUCCCGAAUCAACAGCGCCACAGCUGUGCUACGAGGCUUGCUAUAUAUGCUUGUCAGCCAGCAGCCAUCGCUUAUAUCACAUAUUCAAAAGAAGUACAACGUUGCGGGAAGAGCUCUGUUUGAGGACACCAAUGCAUGGGUCGCUCUGCGCGAGAUUUUCACAAGCGUGCUGCUUGAUCCAAAUCUAGAGACAACCUACCUGCUCGUCGAUGCAUUGGACGAGUGUGAGGUAAAUCAGGACGAGCUGCUUGACUUUAUCGCCCAACAAUCAUCUGCAUCUUCCCGCGUGAAGUGGAUCGUCUCUAGUCGCAACUGGCCCAACAUAGAAGAACGGCUAGCGAAGGCUAGUCAGGGAACAAAAUUAAGCCUUGAGCUGAACGAGGAGUCUGUUUCUGCCGCAGUUGACUUCUAUGUCAAAAGGCAGGUGCUCCAGCUUUCAGAAAUCAAAAACUACGACGUCAAGACGAUAGAAGCGGUGACCAACUACCUAUCUUCCAAUGCAAACGGCACAUUCUUGUGGGUAGCGCUAGUGUGUCAGAGCCUUGAUAAAGUUGCGAAGCGCAAUGUCAUGAAAAAGCUCACUGCCUUUCCACCUGGCCUUGAAUCAUUAUAUCAGCGCAUGAUGCAGCAGAUUCUCGACUCAGACGAUGCUGAUAUUUGCCAGAAGAUCCUGGCAUUGUCCACUACGGUGUAUCAACCUGUAACCCUUAUGGAAUUGGUGGCGCUUGUAGAAGAGCUUGAGGAAAUUUCAGAUGAUCGUGAGGCGAUACAAGACAUUAUCAAUCACUGCGGCUCGUUUCUCACUCUACGGGACAGUACUGUCUACUUCGUACAUCAAUCAGCGAAAGACUUCUUGCUGAGCAAAGCAUCAGACGACAUCUUCCAUUAUAGACCACAUGAAGCGCAUCGUAUAGUUUUCUUUCGGUCGCUUGCAGUAAUGUCCAACACCCUUUGUCGAGACAUGUACAAUCUGCAUAGGCCUGGAUAUUUGAUUGAUCAGAUCAAGCCACCGGAUCCAAACCCACUAGAUUCUUCGCACUACUCAUGCGUCUACUGGAUCGACCAUCUCUGCGACUCAAUGCCUCCCUCCAGUGUAGAAGAACCAUUCGACCCAACAAUCAGUGAUAGUAUUACUGGUUUCAUAGAACAGAAUUAUAUCUACUGGCUGGAGGCAUUGAGUCUUUGCCGAGCUGUGCGGACGGGAGUUGCAUCAAUGAAGAGACUGGAGGUGGUAUGCAAGGAAAAUGACAAGGCUUCUCCAAUACACCAACUUGUUCAAGAUGCGUAUCGAUUCAUUAUGUAUCACAAAGAAUCAAUAGAGAUUGCACCACUCCAAGCAUACAUGUCCGCACUUAUAUUCAAUCCCACGGGCAGCUUGACCAAACGUCUAUUUGCACACGAGGCACCAAACGAUAUAGUCAUCCGGCCAGGCCUGAGUAGCAACUGGAGCGCUUGCCUACACACGCUCGACUACCACCACGAUGUCUUGUCGGUAGCUUUCUCUCACGAUUCCGCGCGACUUGCAUCAGCAUCACCUGAUGGGACAGUCAAAUUAUGGGAUGUAAGCACUGGCGUAUGCUUGAAAACGCUUGAGGGUCAUCUUGAUGUGAUCAAUUCAGUAGUCUUCUCUCAUAUCUCGACUCAACUUGCAACAGGAUCGGACGACGCUACAGUUAAAAUCUGGAACACGGCAACUGGUAGAUGCCUGAAGACACUUAGGGGCCACAUUCAGGAAGUGGAAUCCGUUAUUUUCUGCUACGACUCCUCAAAACUUGCCUCUUUAUCACAUGGUUUCCGAGAUGACUACUGUGAGAUCAUGAUCUGGGAUAUAAGAACUGGCGAGUGUCUUCAAAAACUUGAUACAACCGGGCACCCCAUCAAAGCAAUCGCUUUCCUUCCCAACUCAACGCAAAUGAUUUCGGCACAAGUCGAUGGUACAAUUCACAUUUGGGAUAUAGACAGGGGUGAAUGUCUUCAAAUGGUCGAGGGUUAUGACGAGAAGUUUCGAGGUAUUACUUUCUCGCACGACAGGAGACUAGUUGCCGGGAUGACGAGUAAUGACGUCCUCAUGAUCUGGGAUGCGAACCGUGCCAACAGUCUCCAAAUGCUUUCUGACCACGGCGAUUACUAUGGGUCAGUUGCAUUCUCUCAUGACUCCAUGCGUCUCGCGUCAUCUACAAACAACGGGAUUACCAUAUGGGACACGAAGACUGGUGAAUUCCUGUAUACACUAAAGGAUCAUGACAACAGCCGAGUCAAAUCUUUAGCGUACUCCCACAAUUCAGCAUGGCUCGCAUCAGCGUCGAUUCAUGAAGGUAUUAAGAUAUGGGAUACGGACAUUCAGGACUGUCUUGACUCAUAUGAAGGUCAUAUUGCUUAUAUCACCGUGUUUGUUCUGUCACAUAACCUUGAAUGGCUUGCCUCAGGGUCGGAAGAUCGCACAGUCAGAUUAUGGGAUGUGAAGAGCGGUAAAUGUUUUCGGGUACUCGAGGGAAAUACUGAUUGGAUAUUUAAGAUCGUCUUUUCACAUGAUUCAAUGAGGCUCGCCUCAGCCUCAAUGGAUCACGUGGUCAGGAUCUGGGAUACGAGCAGUGGUACAUGCCUUACAACUCUUAAGAAUCACUGCUCAUCCCUCGAAUUUUUAUACAACUCGAUGUGGCUCGCGUUGGGAUUAGAUGACGGCACAGCCAAGAUCUUGGAUGCCAUCAGCGGCGAGUGCCUUCAGACACUUGAGGGGCAUACUAAGAAAGUUCUUCAGCUAAAGGCCAUCUCUUACGACUCUAAGUGGCUCGCAUCGAUGUCACUGGACCGUACGAUCAAGAUCUGGGAUGCAAGCAGUGGCAAAUGCUUGCAAACAUUCGGGGGAUUUGAAAAAGAAGAAAUCCGCUGUAUGAAUCUUAACAACAGCUCAACACUAUUAGCAUCAUCCAUGUGGUGGCAAGGUCAAGUCCUGGUUAGGAUCUGGGACAUAAAUAGUGGUGCAUGUCUAUUAACACUAAAGGGUCUUACUGGGUCUAUUGUAGCAACGGCCUUCAGUCCGGACUCAAAAUGGCUCGCAUCUUCGUCGAUUGAUAGUACGGUCAAGAUUUGGGACGUUAACGGCGGUGCAUGCCUGCACACAAUCGAAAUUGGCCGAGUACUGUACAGCAUAUCAUUCGAUACAAGUGGCUCCUAUCUUCAUACUGACAUCGGUACCUUGAUAAUCGACAUCUCUGAUGCAGCGAACAAAUCUGAUCCAGCAACAAGAGUCACGAGUGCUCGGUACAGCGGCCUGGGAUUGAGCUCGGACCUGAAACGGAUCACCUAUGAUUCAGAGAACCUGGUUUGGUUGCCAUUAGAGUAUCGACCGCUGUCUUGUUCCGUGUUAGAAAGAGCAAUUGCCAUUGUUGAUAAGUCGAACAACGUGCGCAUAUUUGACUGCGACAAAUUGAUAGAUAACCGCACAUAG